AUGGCCUUCCUGGAUCCAGAGCUCGCUUAUCAGCUGACAAUUGCUGUCUACGUCCACGUUGGCGCCUUAGCUGUACUGAUAUGGGACAUCUUGAACAAUCUACGUCAAGACAUCUCGCUCGCUAUAGGUCACCCACUUAGAUAUAGAGAAAUCAAGCCAGGUCGCGGACUUGCUAGGUUGGCAUGCCUUUGUUUCGUUCUGUUCGUGGUGGUCGCCCAAACCGCUCCAAUAGACGCACCCUGCCUGGCGUUCGGCAAAGCCGCCUCCUGGUUCUACGCUCCUGCCGUGUCCAUAACCUCACUCCUCUUCCUCAUCCGCCUGCGUGCUAUCUUCGACGGACACACGCUCGUCCGCCUCGUCUUCAGCGGCUUAUGGCUCUGCGUCCUCGCCUCAUGCCUAACACCUGCCCUGGGUCUGACGAACGCGAACAUCGGAACGACGAAGUAUUGCUUGCAGGUAGACGUCAAGCCAUACGUCGGCGCUGCGACAAUCGUCCCGUUAGUCAACGAUACGCUGGUUUUCCUUGCAACCUCGUGGAAGCUGAUGGAGAACGCCUAUGUUGCUGCGUACCCGCUGACGGGUACGAAAGGUUUGGGGUUUCGCGUGAAGGCGUUCUUUCGUGGAGAUUACCUCCCUGCAUUUUCGAGGGGGCUGCUGCAUGAUGGGCAGGUGUACUACCUAACCACGGUGACGACGAAUUUAAUGGUAGCGGUCGUCUUCCAUUUUCCCUCCGUCCCAGCGGUCUAUCAGUCGCUGCUCGUCAUACCGAACGUGACGCUCAUGAACAUCAUGGCGUGCCGCGUAUACAGGCGUACCAAGCAGACCCGUUACAAGGACGCGGGUAUCCUCAGUGGCAACGUGUUGUCUUCCCAACCACUCAGCUUUCCUCUCGCUUUUGCAACAAUCCGCAGUCCGCAUGGAACGUCGAAUUUAAGAGAAAGUGGACAGGAAGGUAUUGAAUGUCCCAAGUCGACAUUCUCUGUUGGGACAUUUGCGACAAUUGAACGGGGAGACGACGAGGGAAUGCGGACUUCCGAAGUAGACAACACCGACACUCCUGCCAGUGUCACUGUAGUUAAUAGUGCACGCAGAUGA